GCUCCCCGGGCGCCCUCGGUCUCGCGCUCUCCGAGGCGAGCGCGCUCCCGGCCCGCGCGCUCCGGGCUCCGGCUUCUCCGGGCUCCUGUCAGUGCGGUGACUGCGCUGGGAAACAUGGCGUCCGAGGGAAUGAUCCUCACGAACCACGACCAUCAGAUCCGCGUCGGAGUCCUCACAGUGAGUGAUAGCUGCUUCAGGAAUCUUGCAGAAGAUCGCAGUGGGAUAAAUCUCAAAGAUCUCGUACAAGAUCCUUCUUUGUUGGGUGGGACUAUAUCAGCAUACAAGAUAGUACCAGACGAAAUAGAAGAAAUCAAGGAAACCCUGAUAGAUUGGUGUGAUGAAAAGGAGCUUAAUUUAAUAUUAACAACUGGAGGAACAGGGUUCGCACCACGAGAUGUCACCCCAGAGGCUACAAAAGAAGUGAUAGAACGGGAAGCACCAGGGAUGGCCCUGGCAAUGCUGAUGGGAUCACUUAAUGUUACACCUCUGGGCAUGCUCUCUAGGCCUGUAUGUGGAAUAAGAGGGAAAACUCUUAUAAUUAACCUACCUGGUAGCAAGAAAGGAUCUCAGGAAUGCUUUCAAUUCAUACUGCCAGCUCUACCUCACGCCAUUGACCUUUUACGUGAUGCCAUUGUAAAAGUAAAGGAGGUGCAUGAUGAACUUGAAGAUUUACCUUCACCGCCACCUCCUCUUUCCCCUCCUCCCACAACCAGCCCCCAUAAACAGACAGAAGACAAAGGGGUUCAGUGUGAGGAAGAGGAAGAAGAGAAGAAAGACAGUGGUGUUGCUUCCACAGAAGAUAGUUCCUCAUCACAUAUAACUGCAGCAGCCAUUGCUGCUAAGAAGCAUCCAUUCUACACCAGUCCUGCUGUUUUCAUGGCACACGGUGAACAGCCUAUACCUGGUCUCAUCAAUUAUUCCCAUGAUGCAACAGGCAGUGCAGAUGAACGGAUUCCAGACUCCAUCAUUUCUCGUGGUGUUCAGGUGCUCCCACGAGACACAGCCUCCCUCAGCACUACUCCUUCAGAAUCACCUCGUGCUCAGGCCACAUCUCGCCUCUCUACAGCUUCCUGCCCAACACCAAAACUCCAUCGAAAGCUGGAGGAGCUCAGAGAUCACCUAGAAGGCAAUGUGAAAGGAUACUCUCUCAGAGUAAAUGUCCAGUCCAGAUGCAGCAGCAAGGAGAACAUUCUCAGAGCCAGUCACAGUGCUGUCGAUAUCACCAAGGUGGCUAGAAGACAUCGAAUGUCUCCUUUUCCUCUGACAUCUAUGGACAAAGCCUUUAUCACGGUCCUGGAGAUGACUCCGGUGCUUGGAACAGAAAUCAUCAACUACAGAGAUGGAAUGGGGAGAGUCCUUGCUCAAGAUGUGUAUGCAAAAGACAACCUACCCCCCUUCCCGGCAUCUGUAAAAGAUGGCUAUGCUGUCCGAGCUGCUGAUGGCCCAGGAGACCGUUUCAUCAUUGGGGAAUCCCAAGCUGGUGAACAGCCAACUCAAACAGUAAUGCCAGGGCAAGUCAUGCGAGUUACAACAGGUGCUCCAAUCCCCUGCGGUGCUGAUGCAGUAGUACAAGUGGAAGAUACGGAACUUAUCAGGGAAUCAGAUGAUGGCACUGAAGAACUUGAAGUACGAAUUCUGGUGCAAGCUCGGCCAGGCCAAGAUAUCAGACCCAUCGGCCAUGACAUUAAAAGAGGGGAAUGCGUUUUGGCCAAAGGAACCCACAUGGGCCCCUCAGAGAUUGGUCUUCUGGCAACUGUAGGUGUCACAGAGGUUGAAGUUAAUAAGUUUCCAGUGGUUGCAGUCAUGUCUACAGGGAAUGAGUUGCUAAAUCCCGAAGAUGACCUCUUACCAGGAAAGAUUCGAGACAGCAAUCGUUCAACCCUUCUAGCAACAAUUCAGGAACAUGGUUAUCCCACGAUCAACUUGGGAAUUGUGGGAGACAACCCAGAUGACUUACUCAAUGCCUUGAAUGAGGGAAUCAGCCGUGCUGAUGUCAUCAUCACAUCAGGGGGUGUCUCCAUGGGAGAAAAGGACUAUCUCAAGCAGGUGCUGGACAUUGACCUUCACGCUCAGAUCCAUUUUGGCAGAGUUUUCAUGAAACCAGGCCUGCCAACAACAUUCGCUACUUUGGAUAUCGAUGGUGUAAGAAAAAUUAUCUUUGCACUACCUGGGAAUCCUGUGUCGGCCGUGGUCACCUGCAAUCUCUUUGUUGUGCCUGCACUGAGGAAAAUGCAGGGCAUCUUGGAUCCUCGGCCAACCAUCAUCAAAGCCAGGUUAUCAUGUGAUGUAAAACUAGACCCUCGUCCAGAAUACCAUCGGUGUAUCCUCACUUGGCAUCACCAAGAACCACUGCCUUGGGCACAGAGUACAGGUAAUCAGAUGAGCAGCCGUCUGAUGAGCAUGCGCAGUGCCAAUGGACUGUUGAUGCUACCUCCAAAGACAGAACAGUAUGUGGAGCUCCACAAGGGCGAGGUGGUGGAUGUCAUGGUCAUUGGGCGGCUAUGAUGGUCACCAGCAGGAAAAGCUCUGAUGCAUGUCCACAUAUCAUUGACUGUAUCCUGUAAUAUGCAACGGCACAGCUAGUUUUUCUGAUUUGGAUGAAAGUUGAUCUGUAUAGUCAACAUCUUGAACUAUAUUUCAAAUGAAUUUAAAUAUCUUUUAAAGAACAAAACACCUAAAAAUAAAUCUUAACAGACAACUCUAUUCUGAUUAUAUCAAAGCAAAUUUUUCCUUUCUUGCAAAUUGCUUUGUGUGUUCAAUGCUAGGUCUGAUAGCGAUAGCUUUUAGUAGACAGCAGUAGGUGCCUGCAGAACUUGUGUUUUUCUCAUCUUUAAAAUACAACUACUUAUGCUCUUAAAUCAAGGCUGUCUGCUUAUUUAUACUAGCGUAGGCAACACUUGGAUUUCCCUUCUUAGUAUGCUUCAUAACCGCUUUUCAGAGCGCUUUUGCUUGUUCUUUACCAUGUAUCUCGUGUUUAUGUGCACAGUGCCAAAAGAAGAGGGAUGGGGUGGAGGCCCUGCCCUGCCUCAAGAAUCAUCCCCUGUGGAGCAUCUGGGGAGGUUUCUCACCCCAGCAGCCUCACGGCACAGUACUCGUGGGCAGUAACUGGAUACCUUUUAUUUGAACAAACAAACUGGGGGAUGGGGAAAUGCUUCCUUAAGUGCUGACAGCCUUUUUAACCAAUACAUUUAAAAAUUGUACAGAACAAAAAAAAAAAAAUAAAAUCAAAGACUGAUCUUGUACAGAUAUUAGUGUUACCAGCAUUCAUGUGGAAAUCAAGAGCAAAGACAAAUAAUGUUGAAACAACUCUGUACCAUACAUUUUCUGUAAUGAUACUGAAACUUAAUGAAUAAAAAAACC